AUGUCUCGCGAAGCCUACCAAGUCCCUACCGCCGGCGCGACCUCCGCCCCCAGCGCGGCCGCCUACUCAUCCUAUGGCGCCGAGGGUCCUCAGAUACAGUACCUCUGCGGUGACUGCGGCCUCAAGUUCCAGCUGCGUCGCGCCGACCCCAUCCGCUGCAAGGAGUGCGGUUGCCGCAUCCUAUACAAGGAGCGUACCAAGAGAAUGGUUCAGUUCGAGGCGAGAUGA